AUGUCUUCCUCAAGGCGAGGUCUUAAUGAGAGUCGCGAGGAUCAAGAUCGUGGAAGCCUCCGUCGACGGAGCAGAGCCUCAAGAAGGUCUACCUUUCGCAGCGCGGCACCUAUAUCAACAGCUGGCCAAGGAACUCAAUUUAACCUUGCUGGUCCUAGCGACAACCUUCAAUUGCGCAGCGCGCAUGAACCCUUUGUUCACCCUGGCUAUAGUGAUCUCAACCCAUCAUAUGAGCAGCCAAAUAACGCGAAGCCAAUAUGGAGUUUAGCGAAACCAUUGCCGCGUGUUGUCCGUCCGGGGAUGGUACCAACAAAAAACGAGCUGCUGGAGAACUGCGUCAACGCCGAGCUGCCCGCUGAAAACUCCCAAAAUCUGGGGCUAGAUGUCGAUCCGAAUGAGAUUGAAAAGGGCCGCAUUGAGAAAUCGGCAGACGUGCGUAAAAUGGGAGCACAAGUCACCGAUGCCAGGCUUCAGCGAGAGAAUAAUUUUAUAAAAACGAUCCUGGCCGCGGAUGCUGAGACAACAUCAAAUGGAGUUCCACAGCUUGUAAAAACGAGGUCAAGCCAAAGGCGAGCUACGAUCCAACGCUCGUCAAUCCAGAGCCCUCUGUAUACUGUUCAAGAAGGCCUAUCUGAACAUACUUCAGAGCAAAAUAAACACAGCCACGAGUCCCAACGGUCAGAACAGGGUGGAGAAGAAUUUGACCCAGGCCAAGACGAGCUAAUCGAAGGCAAUCGUUCUCUUGAGACACUACGGCUUGACCAAGAUGCAUAUCCAGAAGACCUCCACCCUUUGGUCCAGGAGUUGGUAGAGGAUGAAAUUCACAACAACCAUACCGUUUGGUCUGUCAUCCGCACUCACCACCGCGAAGCUUUAGCCGAGUCCCUAGCUGUUUUCGUUCAACUUACCGUUGGAUUUUGCGCCGAUCUUUCUGUCACUGUGGCUAAAGCCGGAAACCCCAAUACGACUGACUGGGCUUGGGGAUUUGCUACCAUGAUAGGGAUAUACAUUUCUGGUGGUGUUUCCGGUGCCCAUUUAAACCCUACAAUUACUACAAUGCUCUGGUUCUUUCGUGGGUUUCCCAAACGUAAGAUGCCCGAGUACUUUUUGGCACAGUUUCUUGGAGCCUUUUGUGCGUGUUUUGUCGCAUACGGAGUCUACUACGUCUCUAUCAAACACUAUCUCCUUACCGGCGCAGACGAUGAUAUCAUAAACUGCUUUGUCACAAGCCAGCGCAGCUCAUACAUCAACGCACCUACGGCCCUAUUCAACGAAUUUAUAGGCACAAUGUGUCUGACUAUUGUUGUAUUAGCUCUCGGCGACGAUCAAAAUGCCCCCCCUGGCGCUGGCAUGAACUCGCUCAUUAUCGGCCUCAUCAUCACAUGCCUCAGCAUGAGCUUCGCUAACCAGACAGGCGCUGCGCUUAAUCCGAGCCGCGAUUUUGGCCCUCGCUUGGCUCUUUUGGCCCUGGGCUAUACUUCCGAGCUGUUCACCAACCCUUACUGGUUCUAUGGUCCCUGGGCGGGUACACUGCUGGGUUCAUUCAUGGGGGCGUUCCUUUACGAUUUUAUGAUUUUCACUGGCGGCGAAUCGCCAAUCAAUUAUCCUUUAGAGCGGACACAGCGUGCGUUGCAUAAAAGCCACAUGAAGUGGCAGCGUCGGCUGCGGCUGACUCCCAAACAAGAAGAAGACACAGUUGUCUAG